AUGCUACUGGAAGGCGAAGGUGAAGCAGUCGUAGAGCUUGGCGUUCCCAUAGAACAGGGUGGAAAAGGUGAGCCAUAUCUCUGCAAGUACGUUGGUUUCCUUGACGAGCCUAUUUUAGCGUCUGGGAUUCCAUUGAAGGACAUGGAGACCGCUGUUGCCAGUCAUGUCAAGGCUCUCGAAAGUAUUCCUGCCGUAGGUACAAAAAUAGAGACAAGAACAACAGGUGACAAGUGUACGGAGGUUUGGAUAGUUCGCGAUCCCCCAAUGAAUGAAGAUUUCAUAGAGGUUCGAGUAGCAGUUGUGGGCAACGUAGAUGCAGGUAAAUCCACCUUGCUUGGAGUACUGACUCACAGUGUUCUCGAUGAUGGUAGAGGUUUGGCUAGGACGAAAUUGUUUGUAAUUUUUACUCUCACCAUAAAGCGGGUGUCGUACGCUUGUCUGUUUAGGCACAAGCACGAAUUCGAGUCUGGCCGAACAUCAUCCGUUGGUAACGAUAUUCUUGGCUUUGAUGUACACGGAAAUGUAGUAAACAAGCCGGAUAAACAUAAUAACAACCUUGAUUGGGUGCAGAUUAGCAGAGACUGUAGUAAGCUAAUUACCUUCAUCGACUUGGCUGGGCACGAAAAAUACCUCAAAACCACGAUAUUUGGAAUGACUGGGCAUAUGCCUGAUUACACCAUGCUCAUGGUCGGUGCGAAUAUGGGCAUAAUCGGUACCACGAAAGAACAUCUGUCAUUGGCCCUCUCUCUAUCUGUUCCGGUAUUCAUUGUGGUGAGUAUUUUCACAUAA